AUGGUCGGGAAAGCAGUCCACUUUGGUGGCGGCAACAUCGGUCGCGGCUUCAUUGCUGAGCUCUUCCACGAAACUGGCUAUGAGAUCGUCUUCGUCGAUGUUAUGGAUAGUAUCAUCGAAGCUCUCCAAAAGGCAGACUCGUACACUGUGACCGAAGUUGACGACAAGGGCGAGAAAUCCAAGACGAUCACCAACUAUCGUGCUAUCAACUCCAAGUACAACGAGGCGGAUGUUAUCAAAGAAAUAUCAGAGGCAGAUGUCGUCACUUGUGCGGUUGGCCCCAACAUCCUCAAAUUCAUCGCUCCUCCCAUUGCCAAGGCCAUCAAGGCUCGUACCAUGUCCAAGCCCCUAGCUGUUAUUGCAUGUGAGAACGCUAUCAAUGCCACCGACACACUUGCGGGCUUCAUCAAAGACUCCAAGAACAUGGACAAGGACACCUUGGACAAUCUGCCAUCCAAAGCCGAGUUCGGCAACUCUGCCAUUGAUCGAAUCGUUCCAACUCAACCCAAGGACGCCGGCCUCAAUGUGGUGAUCGAGUCAUUCUACGAGUGGUGUGUCGAGACAACAGGUUUCAAGUCUGGCCAUCCUGAGAUCAAAGGUGUACACUGGGUCGAUAACCUUGAACCAUAUAUUGAGCGUAAGCUCUUCACUGUCAACACUGGGCACGCUACAUCGGCCUACUUUGGUCACUACAAAGGUAUCCGGACAAUUCAUGAGUCUCUCCAGGACCCCGAGAUCAAGAAGGCUGUCAAUGAGGCUCUUGAUGAGACUUCUCAGCUGAUUGUCCAAAAGCACGGCGUCACCAAGGAGGAACAAGAGAAAUAUGUCAAUGCCAUCAUCACUCGAAUCUCUAACCCUGCUUUGGAGGAUGUUACUGACCGUGUGGGUCGUGCUCCAUUGAGGAAAUUAUCUCGCAAGGAGCGCUUCAUUGGGCCUGCAGCGCAAUUGGCAGAAAAGGGAGGCAAGGUCGAUGGACUUCUGAAGGGUGUAGAGAUGGCCUUGCGCUUCCAAAAUGUUGAGGGCGACGAGGAGAGUGCUGAAUUGGCCAAAAUCAUGAGCACAACAUCAGCAUCCGAGGCAACAGAGAAGCUUACCGGGCUUGAGAAGAGUCAUCCUCUCUACGAGAAGAUCGUUCCUAUUGUCGAGAAGGUUCAGAAGGAAGGCAAGAAAUGA